CUAAAAUUAAUGACUAACACUACAAUGGCUAAGGCUUCAAUGAACCUUAGUAUACGCCCUUUUACACUUUUAUACAGCACUACAAAAGCUGAAUUUAGAUCAAUCUUGUGACCUGUUUCAAUUAUAUGUUUAGCAAUAGAGGAUGAUGGAUGUUUAUCCUCUGCUCUUAUCGGGUCACUCGAUUGUAUUUGUUUCUGAAGCCAUUUGGGUACAUGUUCACUCACCCUAAUGUUGAGAUCACGAUUACUCCUCCCUAUGUAUGUGUGACCACACACACAUUUAAAUUGGUAAACACAGUGGGAUGUGACGCAAUCGUUUCCAUGUACUUUAGGUUUUGAAUGAAGCAUGCACCUUGUUCUUUCUUUGAUGAUGACCUUUGCUGCGCAAUAGGUUUUAUUGAUGACUGAUUUAAGUCGUUGUUUCAGUAAAAGGCUAUUUGAAUCACCUCUGAAUGGUAAGGUGAUGUAGACAGGCUUUUUCUCUACCGAGGCUAUAGUAGGUCUCGCUGAACCAUGGACUGAGUACUUUAACCCCUACGUCUUCAAAUAAUCAAAGCUGGUGUAAAGCUAAACUAGUGGAUAUAGCACACCAAUUUCAUAGUGUUGGCCCGAAGCAGAGAAGCAUAUUAACUUCUCAGCAUUUUAAAUCAUUAAAAGAACUACGAUCAAACUCUGAUAUUGUCUUGUUAAAACCUGAUAAAGGAUCAGGCGUAGUUAUCAUGAAUAAAUGUGAAUAUAAAAGUAAGAUGUUAUCUAUCCUUAGUGAUGACAGUAAAUUUAUGCCUGAUGUUGAAUUUGGAGGUAUCAGCAAACUAGAAAGAAGAGUAAAUUCAAACCUAGAAAAAUUGCUUCUCAUGAAUAUUAUUAAUAAAGAGGAAUUUAACUUUCUAAAACCUAUGGGUUCCGAGUACCCUCAUUUAUAUGGACUGCCUAAAAUUCACAAACCUAACGUUCCUUUACGUCCAAUUCUAUCAAUGUGCAGAUCACCUACUCAUAAUCUGGCUAAAUGGUUAGCAAAGUUGUUGGAUCCUUUCCGAAGACAUCUAUGUAAGUAUUCUCUAAAGGAUUCUUUUGAACUGGUUGAUCAGUUAGAUGAUAUUAAUAUCAAGGAAAAGACAAUGUGUUCAUUUGAUGUAAAUUCCUUGUUUACAAAUGUACCUUUAAAAAAAACCAUUGAUAUAUUAUGUGAUUACAUAUCUGAAAACAAUUUUCAAUCACGUGUACCUGUAAAACUUCUUAAAGAUCUACUAUUACUAUGUACUGACAAAGUUCAGUUCACUUUUGAAGGUGAAUACUUUCGUCAGAUUGAUGGAGUUGCUAUGGGUAGUCCGCUAGGACCAUUACUAGCAGAUGUGUUCAUGGCACAUGUUGAAAAUCAGACUGAUGAAUUAAUCGGAAACAUGUCACUUUAUAAGAGAUAUGUGGACGAUAUCUUAGUUGUUUGUGAGAGAAAAGAGGAUAUGUACGGUUUAUUAAAUAAACUCAACACUCUCCAAAACCAUAUUAGUCUCUCAUGUGAAGAGGAGAAAAACGAUCAGCUUCCCUUCCUAGAUAUACUCCUGAGUAGACGAGAAGAUGGUUCAGUAAAGCGAUCUAUUUUUAGAAAACCAACGUGGACAGGUCAAUAUCUCAGUUAUUAUAGUUAUUGCCCUGUGCAAUACAAACGUGGUUUGAUAAGGUGUCUUUUCAACAGACUCGACCGUAUUUGUACCAAUGACGCCAUUGAUGAUGAUGUUAAGUUGUUAAAUAAAACGUUAAUAGAAAAUGGCUAUCCUCUGAAAUUCAUAAAUAGAUGGAAAGUCCAUGGUUCAGCGAGACCUACUAUAGCCUCGGUAGAGAAAAAGCCUGUCUACAUCACCUUACCAUUCAGAGGUGAUUCAAAUAGCCUUUUACUGAAACAACGACUUAAAUCAGUCAUCAAUAAAACCUAUUGCGCAGCAAAGGUCAUCAUCAAAGAAAGAACAAGGUGCAUGCUUCAUUCAAAACCUAAAGUACAUGGAAACGAUUGCGUCACAUCCCACUGUGUUUACCAAUUUAAAUGUGUGUGUGGUCACACAUACAUAGGGAGGAGUAAUCGUGAUCUCAACAUUAGGGUGAGUGAACAUGUACCCAAAUGGCUUCAGAAACAAAUACAAUCGAGUGACCCGAUAAGAGCAGAGGAUAAACAUCCAUCAUCCUCUAUUGCUAAACAUAUAAUUGAAACAGGUCACAAGAUUGAUCUAAAUUCAGCUUUUGUAGUGCUGUAUAAAAGUGUAAAAGGGCGUAUACUAAGGUUCAUUGAAGCCUUAGCCAUACGAAAAUUCAAACCCCCUUUAUGUGUUCAAAAACAGUUUGUUCUUACCUUAAACCUACCCUGGUAAUAUUGACUUAUUAUCCAGAGUGAUUAGGUUUCAAAUUGUGUUCACAUUAUUAUUAUUACUCUUAUCAUUAUCCUUAUCUCCUCUUACCCCGUUUCCUGUCUAGUUGACCUUUUAUUUUUAUAUAUAAAUGCUCUUAACAAGUAUAUGUGUGACCAGAUUGUUCGAAAUGUAUUGCGCUAAUAUAUCACAUAGUUCUGAUAAUCUUCGUCUUCUAAUAUCAUUAUCGAAAUUUAUCAAAGGGACUAAUUGUUUUAGAUAUAGUAAACCAAAGAGACCGGUCAAGUACAAAGGAAAGCCAAUCACUGAAAUUCAAGGACAGAAGAAAUCUUGAAUAGACCAGCUCCAUCGAAUCCACCGGACACCGAAGCAGCGCCUACAGACCUCCCUCUAGGUGUCACUACAUCAACGGUCGAAAAAUUCAGGAUGACCAUCAGACAAAUCAAGAGCGGAAAAGCAACAGGACCUGACAAUUUACCAGCUGAAGCACUGAAGUCAG